AUGCACACCCAGACCAGAGAGGAGAAAUCAAGAAAACCCAAGAGACCGUCUCCUCGACCAAGCCGCACGACAGGCGAAGCCGGAGACAAGAAAGCAGUAAAACGACCAACCCGGCCAUCAUCUUAUCGGCCACGCACCACCGCCGCGUCGACUGAGCCAGUCGACCGGCUGGCCCAAGUCUUCACGCCUUCAUUACUGCCCCGAGUGUACAGCUUCUGGUUCCAACACGUAGAGAAAGACGAAAACUUUACACUCCCAACGCAAGAGACAUUCCAGCGCUGGUUCAGCAGAGAUCCCGAGUUUGACCUCGGAUGCAUAAACGAAUUCGAAUCCAUCCUAGAAGCUAUCCGCAAGGAAGGCAAGAAUGCAACCGCAGAUCGCAUCAUAGAACUAGCGAACCCCCGUUCUGCGCUCGACUGGCUCAGCCUCGUGAUUCUUCUCGACCAGAUCCCCCGGAAUUGUUACAGGGAUGCAAAGUCGGCGGUUGUCUUCAAGUUCUUCGACACGCGAGCGCGGCGCGUUACCUUCCAGGCCUUUAAUGCGGGAGUGCUCUCCAGCCCGGAGAUCCGGUAUCGCAUGGCGCUGCGGUUCUGGUUUUACCUGCCGCUGAUGCAUUCGGAGAGCCUGCGGAUGCAUGCGGUAGCGAUGCGGAAGUAUCGUGAGAUGGAGAGCGAGCUUCUGCAGCUCUUGGAGGCGGGUAGACGACGGCCUGAAGGUGGGGCCCCGGUUGCAGCCGAGGAGGUUGACGACGAGGAGCUCGAACCCAAGCAGUUGGAGAACGAGGAGGAGGAGGAGGAGGAGGUUGAAGAUGAGGUUCAGGACGACUUCAAUGACAAGCUGCUUGAGCGCAAGGAAUUCGAGUAUGCGUGGAUGCUUGGGAAGAACCCCGAGGCCGUGAAGGCGCUUUGUGCGCUUCUCGUGAAAACAGAGGGAGAGCAUCGGGAGAUUAUCGCGAGGUUUGGGCGAUAUCCGCAUCGCAACCAAGCGCUUCAGCGGACGACGAAACCAGAGGAGGAGAAGUUUCUUGCAGAGAACCAGAGUUUUGGGGGGUAG